AUGGAUCAGUGUCAGGACAGAGAAGAGGGAGUCUUUCCCUUAGAAACCACUCCGUGUGAGGACCAUGAGAGCCAGCGCAAAGCUGAGAGUAUCCAUCAGAGACUCGAACCAGAACCAGAACCAGAACCCAGCUGUGUGUCCUUUAGGAGUGACAGGUCUAAGGCUCAAUCUAUUUACUUCAAAUCGUCUGGACCUCCAUCAUCAGAGAGAGGGAACCUGCAGAAUUUAGAGGUUCCCAGUGGUCCGUCUGUUGAGGAGCAUCAAACCCAAUCCAUAUUUAUGUUGCUGGAGGAGGAAAUUGUCACUUUUGUGAAGAAUGGGCUGAAGAAGAACCAGAAGUUUCUGAGUCCAGAUUACAGCUUGGAAAGUCAGAAAGAUGAUGAUGAGAUGUUGGAAGGUGAGGAUGAAGAGCAGAGGAGAAGCAAUAGAGAGGCAUUGAUGGAGAUCACUCUGAACUUCCUGAGGAGGAUGAAGCAUGAGGAGCUGGCUGACCGUCUGCAGAGACAUAUUGCUGCAGUCUGUCAACAUAAACUUAAAUCUGGUCUGAAGAAGAAGUUCCAGUGUGUGUUUGAGGGGAUCGCUAAAGCAGGAAGUCCAACCCUUCUGAACCAGAUCUACACAGAGCUCUACAUCACAGAGGGAGGGACUGGAGAGGUCAAUGAUGAACAUGAGGUCAGACAGAUUGAAACAGCAUCCAGGAAACCACACAGACCAGAAACAACCAUCAGACAAGAAGACAUCUUUAAAGUCCCGGCUGGAAGAGAUCAACCAAUCAGAACAGUGAUGACAAAGGGAGUGGCUGGUAUUGGGAAAACAAUCUUAACCCAGAAGGUCACUCUGGACUGGGCUGAAGACAAAACCCACCAGGACAUCCACUUCAUAUUUCCAUUCACCUUCAGAGAGCUGAAUGUGCUGAAAGAGAAAAAGUUCAGCUUGGUGGACCUUGUUCAUCACUUCUUUACUGAAACCAAAGAAAUCUGCAGCUUUGAACACUUCCAGGUUCUGUUCAUCUUUGAUGGUCUGGAUGAGAGUCGACUUCCUCUGGACUUCCAGAACCAGGAGAUCCUGACUGAUGCUACAGAGUCUGCCUCAGUGGAUGUUCUGCUGACAAACCUCAUCAGGGGGAAACUGCUUCCCUCUGCUCGCCUCUGGAUAACUACCAGACCUGCAGCAGCCAAUCAGAUCCCUCCUGAGUGUGUUGGCAUGGUGACAGAGGUCAGAGGGUUCACUGACCCACAGAAGGAGGAGUACUUCAGGAAGAGAUUCAGAGAUAAGAAGCAGGCCAAAAAGAUAAUUUCCCACAUGAAGACAUCAAGAAGCCUCCACAUCAUGUGCCACAUCCCAGUCUUCUGCUGGAUCACUGCUACGGUUCUGGAGGACAUGUUGGAGACCAGAGAGGGAGGAGAGCUGCCCAGCACCCUGACUGAGCUGUACAUCCACUUCCUGGUGGUUCAGACCAAAGUGAAGAAGGUCAAGUAUGAUGGAGGAGCUGAAACAGAUCCACACACUCCAGAUAGCAGGAAGAUGAUUGAGUCUCUGGGAAAACUGGCUUUUGAUCAGCUGCAGAAAGGAAACCUGAUCUUCUAUGAAUCAGACCUGAAAGAGUGUGGCAUCGAUAUCAGAGCAGCCUCAGUGUACUCAGGAGUGUUUACACAGAUCUUUAGAGAGGAGAGAGGAGGGCUGUACCAGGACAAGGUGUUCUGCUUCGUCCAUCUGAGUGUUCAGGAGUUUCUGGCUGCUCUUCAUGUUCACCUGACCUUCAUCAACUCUGGUGUCAACCUGAUGGAAGAACCACAAACAUCUAUGUGGUUAUUAAGCCUCCUAUUUUUUAAGAGGGCCAAUCUGAAAUAUCUUCAUCAGAGAGCUGUUGAUCAGGCCUUGCAAAGUCAAAAUGGACACCUGGACCUCUUCCUCCGCUUUCUCCUAGGACUUUCACUGCAGACCAAUCAGAGACUCCUGCAAGAUCUGCUGACACAGAUAGGAAGUAGCUCACAGACCAAUCAAGAAUCAGUUCAGUACAUCAAGGAGAAGAUCAGUGAGAAUGUGUCUGCAGAGAAAAGCAUCAAUCUGUUCCACUGUCUGAAUGAACUGAAUGAUCGUUCUCUGGUCCGGGAGAUCCAACAUUCUCUGCGUUCAGGAAGUCUCCGCAUGGAUGAACUGUCUCCUGCUCAGUGGUCAGCUCUGGGUUUCAUCCUAGUGUCAUCAGGAAAGGAUCUGGAUGUGUUUGAACUGAAGAAAUACUCUGCUUCAGAGGAGGUUCUUCUGAGGCUGCUUCCAGUGGUUAAAGCCUCCAACAAAGCUCUACUAAGUGACUGUAACCUCUCAAAGAGAAGCUGUGAAGCUCUGUCCUCAGUUCUCAGCUCCCAGUCCUCCAGUCUCAGAGAACUGGACCUGAGUAACAACGACCUGCAGGAUUUAGGAGUGAAGCUUCUCUCUGCUGGACUGGAGAGUCCAAACUGCAAACUGGAAACUCUCAGCUUGUCAGGCUGUCUGAUCUCAGAGAAGGGCUUUACUUAUCUGGCAUCAGCUCUGAGCUCCAACUCCUCCCAUCUGAAAGAGUUGGACCUGAGCUACAAUAAUCCAGGUGACUCAGGAGAGAAGUUGCUGUCGGAUACACUGAAGAAUCCACAACAAGCUCUCAGAGUGGAGCCUGCUGGAGUCCGAUGGUUGAAACCAGGUCUGAGGAAGUAUUCCUGUCAACUCACAAUCGACACAAACACAGUGAGCAGAAACCUCAAACUGUCUGAAGACAACAGGAAGGUGACAUAUGUGGAGGAGCUUCAGUCAUAUCCUGAUCAUCCAGAGAGAUUUGAUGCUCCUCAGCUGCUGUGUAGAACUGGUCUGACUGGUCGCAGUUACUGGGAGGUCGAAUGGAAAGAUGGGGUUGAUAUAUCAGUGAGUUACAGAAGAAUCACGAGGAGAGUACACAGUAGAGCCUCUUGGUUUGGAGGGAAUGAUCAGUCAUGGUGUCUGAGAUGCUCAAAUAGUGGUUACUCUGUUUGGCAAAAUGACAGAGAAAAGCAAAUAUCAUCCCCCUCCUCCUCCUCCUCCUCCUGGAACCCCUUCUCUGUCCACAACAGAGUAGCAGUGUAUCUGGACUAUCCUGCUGGUAUUCUGUCCUUCUACAGAGUCUCAAGUGAUUCACUGAUCCUCCUCCACACCUUCAACACCACAUUCACUGAACCUCUCUAUCCUGGGGUUGGGUUCAGGUGGUCCAGUUCUGGUUCCUCAGUGUUUUUUUGCUGAUUUCAGCCUGAAGAGUCUCCACCUGUCAGAGACAC